UUAAAGUGUGUUGAGUGAUGAAUAUAUAACAAUCAAAUAUUUGCCCCUUUGCAACGCACUCAUCAAUCAAUCAUAAGCUCUAACAUGGCUCCCUCUGUUUCCAUUUCCAUUCUGAUAGUAGCAUUAUGGGUUCUUUAUAUCUUGAUGCACUCCACAACUAUGGUUAUUGCAGCUGGCUCUGUGGCAGCAUCUAAUUCAUCAGCGCUUGAACUAGAAGCGAAGGCUCUCCUGGAGAGUGGGUGGUGGUAUGAUUACUCCAACGAUACAUUCGUAGAUCAUUGCCACUUCUAUGGAAUCAUAUGCAAUGCUGGUGGAAGCGUCAUAGAGAUUGACAGGGGUAGUUACUAUCUGCGAGAUGAGAUCAGUAAACUCAACAUCUCUUCCUUCCCAAAUUUAGUCCGUCUUGAUCUUUCUGAUAAUGGGCUUACGGGGAGCAUUUCAGUUGAGAUAGGCACCCUUUCGAAGCUCACCCACCUUGAUCUUUCCCUUAAUUCUCUCGCAGGUAAGUUGCCUCCUUCACUUGGAAACCUCACUCGAUUGGUGAAAUUUAACAUUUCUUCAAAUUCUAUCAUCGGUGAGUUACCUCUUUCUCUCGCAAACCUCACUAGAUUACAGGCAUUUGACAUUUCCUUUAAUCUAGUCAGUGGUUCCAUACCCAAAGGAUUAGGUAAUUUAAAGAAUCUUCUAGAAUUCAGAUUGAGUGAUAACAAAUUUACCAGAGCAAUCCCUUCUGCUCUUGGCCUUUUAACCAAUCUUUUCAUCUUGGAUUUGUCUUUUAAUAAAAUCACUGGUCCAAUCCCUUUGUCUAUAUGUCAUCUAACCAAUUUGGUUUCUUUGUCUCUUUCUAUGAAUCAAAUCAAUGGUCACAUUCCACUAGAAAUAGGCAACAUGACGAAUUUGAGGGAACUGUACAUCAAAAAUAACAAGCUUAUUGGCCCCCUCCCUUCAUCUCUUGGUCAUCUAACCAAUUUGAUCUCUUUAUUUCUUGAUUCAAACCAAGUCAAUGGUUCCAUUCCUCCUGAAAUAGGCAACAUGAAGUAUUUGAGAUACCUGUCCAUCAAUAAUAACAAGCUUAUUGGCCCCCUCCCUUCAUCUCUUGGCAACAUGACGAAUUUGGAAGACUUGCAUAUCAAUAAUAACAAUAUUGUUGGUCCAAUCCCUUUGACUAUGGGUCAUUUAACUAGCUUGCAAAAUUUGUCCCUUAGUGGGAACCAAAUUAGUGGUUCCAUCCCUGUGUACAUUUUUAAUUGCUCUUCACUCCACAACAUAAUCUUCAGCCACAACUACUUAACUGGAAGCAUUCCCUUUCUGAACAGUAGCUUUUUUCCAUUGAGAUGGAUUGACCUCAGUUAUAAUUCUAUUAGUGGAGGAGAAAUACCUCUUAUGAGUUUAGAAUUUUUGGAUGUCAGCUACAAUAACUUCAAUGGCUCCUUUCCUAACUUAAUAGGCGAUAUGGAGCAUCUGCGUCACUUCAACCUUAGCAAUAACAAAAUUGUUGGUCAAGUUCCUUCGAUUAUAGGUCAAUUAACUGAGUUGGAAACGUUGUCCCUUAGUUGGAACCAAAUCAGUGGCCCCAUUCCCAAAGAAAUAGCUGAUUGCAAGAGGUUGAGUGAAUUGUUAUUGAGCCAUAACCAUUUAACUGGAAGCAUUCCAUCUCAAAUUAGUGACAUUCACUUUUUUAAGUUGGAUCUCAGUUGCAAUAAUCUUACUGGAAAUAUUCCGGAUCUUUCAGCUUCAUUAAAUGAAGUGAACUUUUCCCACAAUUCUUUCUAUGGUCGGAUCCCAGAUAUGUAUGGCUACGAUAAUUAUGCACCUUCAAACUUCAUCGGCAACAAAGAUUUAUGUGGUCAUGUCAAAGGCUUCCCUCCUUGCCCAAGAUCCAUUGUCCAUCAAAUAAAAUUUUUUGUUCCCUUAAUUGCUUGCACUAUGUUUUUACUUCUUGGGUAUUUUUUCCGCUCUCGAUGUAGAGUUAGGAAAAUGUCAUCUGAGUCAAGGGAAACAAAGAAUGGAGAUUUGUUCUCAAUAUGGAAUUAUGAUGGAAAAAUUGCAUAUGAAGACAUCAUUGAAGCAACAGAGGACUUUGACAUUAGAUAUUGUAUUGGAACAGGUGGUUAUGGUAGUGUUUACAAAGCACAGUUGCCUAAUGGUAAAGUGGUUGCCUUAAAGAAACUUCAUCGCUUAGAGGCUGAGGAUCCAAAUUUUGACAAGAGUUUCAAAAAUGAGGUCAAAAUUUUAACGGAAAUUCGACAUCGGAAUAUUGUGAAACUGCACGGUUAUUGUUUGCACAAACGAUGCAUGUUUUUGGUCUAUGAGUAUAUGGAAAGGGGAAGUCUAUUUUGUGUCCUACACAACAAUGCUGAGGCUGUAGAAUUGGAUUGGAUGAAGAGGGUGAACAUAAUCAAAAGUACAGCACAUGCAUUAUCUUAUAUGCAUCAUGAAGGUGUCCCAGUAAUUGUCCAUCGAGAUGUAACAAGCAACAAUAUUCUAUUGAACUCUGAGUUAGAGGCAUUUGUGUCAGAUUUUGGCACGGCUAGACUCCUUGAUUCAGAUACCUCCAAUCAAACUUUAAUGGCUGGGACUUACGGUUAUAUUGCUCCAGAAUUGGCCUACACUAUGAAGGUGACUGAAAAAAGUGAUGUUUAUAGCUUUGGAGUGGUGGCAUUAGAAAUAUUAAUGGGAAGGCAUCCAGGCGAACUCUUGACAUCAUUAUCAUCAUCUCAAAGUGUGAUGCUAAAUGAAAUAUUAGACAAGCGUCUCCCACCUCCAAAUCGUUUGGUUGCACAGGAUGUUUUUCUUGUUGCUGCAAUUUCAUUUGCUUGCUUACGUGCUAAACCAAAGUCUAGGCCAACAAUGAAAUCAGUGUCUCAAGAAUUUCUUUGUCACAAGAAACCAAUAAUAAACCCCUUACAUGCAGUUUCAGUAUGGCAGCUAAGAAACCAAGAAACUUAUAUGGUUGGAGAGAGUGAAACCCAUUUUGAAGGUCCUUGUUUUCUGGUUGAGAAAGAUAAUGUUUGAAGAGCAUCUAUGAAAAAAUUGUUGUGUAUUACAAUAACAAUAGCUUAAAAAUCCUGUUUGUAAGUUGUAAUUGUUGUUCUUUAUGAUCUGUAACCUGUAUUUUGUAAUAUGAAAUUUAAGUCUUCACCACUUUUCUAAUGCAA